AUGUCAGAGAUUCCGGCUGGUAAAGGUCUGGUGGUCAUCCCUUCACGGACAACCAAACAUCGGCCCAUCGACUAUGUGCUGUGUGGCUACUAUUUCUGUCAGCUUGUCUGUACCACUUUGAUGGACACGCAGGGUGUCUAUCCGGAAUGGCUGUAUCCAGACUUUCUGAAGGCCGUAUACCACCAUUACCUGGAUGUCUACCACGACCCGUUUCUAAGAAAUGCCUGGAAAUACCCUUGGUUUCUGUCCAUGUGCUUGGUGGAGCAUGUCAUUGGCCUCCCGUUUUUUGCCUGGGCCAGUUACUCCUACUAUUACGGUGCGCUCAACAGACCUCAAAUCAUCAUACCUGGCAUGAUCUACAGCACGUAUGCAAUAGGCUGUGUAGUUGCAGUGAACGCCAUGGUCAUACUGGAAGAUUUCAGCUCAUAUGGCGAAGGAGCACCUCAGACAACAGGACACAGAUUAUUGCUGUGUUUCGUCUACACUGUUAUUUUGGGUUUUUUCCUCAUCAACGUCAUCGACUCUUACUAUUUAACAAUGAAUGCCAUCUUGAUACCCAGGCAGUAA